GACACUCUCGCAUUUCUUGCUGUUGUCAGUUAGGAAUAAGUGAAUCUUAAUGAAUUUGACGAAUGGAAAAUGAGUCCUGUUAAAAAUAUUCGUUGGAUUGUAAAGUAUACAUCCUUCGAAAUAUUGCUUAGAUCAAGUCACAGUUUCACGGUUGCGCAAACAGUUCAACAACGGAGAGUCGAUGACGAUGACUUCUUCCACUCUACUACUAGGGAUCCUACCACAGACAAUACCGAGGGCACCUUCAUGAGAAAUAUCUGGUACAUCAUCGUCCCCAUCCUCUCAUUUAUAUUCCUGUGUCUGCUAUUCUGCAUCUGCAAACUGACUUUAGACGCAUUUCCAGAUGUGAUAUCAUUUUCUUCGGCAAGGACAUCGCUCAGGCUCGAUCUCAGAGGUCUGAACAGCAAUCUGCAAAGCGGAAGCGGUGUACCAUCUGGUAGUACAGAACCGCUAGCUGUUUUUGUUAAUGAUGGGUACGAAGGUGCCCUCCAAAACAGACAGGCAGAACAGGAUAGUUCGGCCACCGAGAAUCCGCCUGAUUAUGACGUUGUUGCGUUGAGCAUUCUUACAAAUCAGAACUCGGCUUUUCCUUCUGUAGCAAGGAAAACUCUCGAAUCUCCACCUCCGCAGUAUGAUGAAAGUCAUUUGACUUUCAAGUAAGGCGAAUGAGUGCAGCAUUGACUUGAAUUACUUUUUUUCAAGUAAAGUGCAUGUGUGCAGCAUUGACUUGAAUUGUAUCUUUGAAAUGUUUUCAAUUAAAGCGCACUAGUGCAGCAUUGACUUGAAUAAUGUUUUUUUCAAAUGAAGUGCUUGUGUGCAGCAUUGACUUGAAUAAUGUUUUUUUUUUCAAAUGAAGUGCUUGUG